CUUUUCCUCCCGUAGAAUCCUCGAUUUGCUCCGGAUCUUUUCGUCUUCCCUCGAAUCGACUAGGGGCUAUUGCCCUCCGUGUCCUGAUCUCCUCUGGCAUCUCUUUCCCUUCGUAUUCGGCGCUCGAUUUGGGGUUUUCGCUGGAUUUUGUCUGCCUCUAUUUUCGUGCUACUUCUGCCGUCCGAUCCUCGUUGGGAAGGCUGUCCGCGCUUGAUUUGAGGGAGGAGGGAUGGCGGGGAAGGGUGGAAAAGGACUUCUCGCAGCGAAGACGACGUCGGCGAACAAGGACAAGGACAAGAAGAAGCCGAUAUCCCGGUCUGCUCGUGCGGGGUUACAGUUUCCUGUGGGUCGUAUCCACCGGCAGCUGAAAACUAGGAUUCAAGCAAAUGGCCGUGUCGGAGCGACCGCGGCUGUGUACUCGGCUGCUAUACUGGAGUACCUUACUGCAGAAGUCCUGGAGCUCGCUGGAAAUGCAAGCAAGGACCUCAAGGUGAAGCGAAUCACGCCGCGCCAUCUUCAGCUAGCCAUUCGAGGGGAUGAAGAGCUAGACACCCUCAUUAAGGGCACCAUUGCUGGUGGUGGAGUGAUCCCCCACAUCCAUAAGUCCCUCAUUAACAAGUCCUCCAAGGAAUAGGUAGUGAUCUUGCCAGUUAACUCCAUAAGUAGUUAUAAUUAUUCAACAUCUUUUUGCUCUUUUUUUGUGGACCUGUAAGCGGUUCGAAUGGUAUGGGUUGAACGGAAUGCAAUGUAUUGGACCUCUUGAUGAUCUUAUUUAGGAAUAUCAAACCUUGUGUUUAGUGAA